AUGUCUUUCCCCCAGUUUGGCUAUUCCUACAGCACUUCUUCGCAGAUUUUCGUCUCGGCCACGUCCAGCGCCACUUGCUGUACCUCGGGCUCCCGAGCUGCCUCCGACGUUUCCUCGGGGUCUUCCCAGACGGCGACCCUCGGCUGCUCCUCUUACGAGAAUCGGCUGCUGGCCGGAUCCAGACCGGAGCUCAACGCGGCGCUGGGGAUCUACGGCUCACCCUACGCAGCCGCUGGGGCCAACCCCGGUUACGCCAACUACCUGCCUUACAACGCCGACCCCUCCAGUUUCUACACCGCGCUGAAUUCUCAGUAUGACUUGAAGGACACCUCACCGGCUUUACAUGCAGGCAUUGCUCAACCCACAGCAGCCGCCUAUUAUUCUUACGACCAUUCGUUUGGGCAGUAUGACAGGUAUGGAACGGUGGACUUCAGCAACUCAUCCAGACGCAAGAAUGCGACCCGAGAAACCACCAGUACUCUCAAGGCGUGGUUGUAUGAACACCGAAAAAAUCCUUACCCAACCAAGGGCGAGAAGAUCAUGCUGGCCAUCAUCACCAAAAUGACCCUCACCCAGGUCUCCACUUGGUUCGCUAAUGCCCGCCGGCGACUCAAGAAGGAGAACAAGAUGACCUGGUCUCCUAAAAAUAAAACAGGAGAUGACCAGAGGGAGGGAAGUAAAAGGAAUGGGGAAGACUGUAGCAGUGAUAAUGAAGACAAAGACCCCAAAAUCUGCAAAGAAGAAAAGGAAUUGCAGCUGAGUGACCUGGAGGAGUUGGAUGAGGAAGAACCAGACAUGAAGGCUGAAGAUGAGCUGAAGCACUUUCAUCAGGACGGCCUCCUAAUUGGCAGAGCAUUGACUGAGUCUGAGAAGAACAGCUGUACUGGAAGCUCAGCUGGUCCUUUUCAUGCUUUUUCAUGUGCCAAGCAACAUUCGCCGAUUACAGGAGACUUUCUUGGACACAAGGAGAAUAACAUAGCGGCAAGUCUUGCCGCUCAAGGCCAACUCUAUGAAACUCCGGAAAAGCCACGCAUCUGGUCCCUGGCUCAUACAGCAGGCGCCAACAUGGUUGUGGGGUCGCCCAGCCAUCCUGUUCAAAGGACAGAGAGCUCCGAUUGUUUGGUGCUCAGGGGAAGGUGCUCAGGGACCGACGGACAUUGCAGUGAAACACGGCCACUGGGCAACCUUGUAAGAACGCAACCCAUUCAUGACAAGGCCUUGGAAGAGCUGCCACCUCCGGCUAAGAUUUUUAAGGGUCCAACCUUCAACCUACAGUCCAUUGCACUAAACUAUGCUUCAUACCCUGUGCUAGGGGAGGCAUGUCAGUACGCAACAGGAACAGAAGGAUUUCGGAGAAGCAUACGGGCUGCUCAAAGUUCUCUGGACCUGAGUGAUGUUUGUCUCAGCCAACAUAAAGAGAAGCUCAGAACAGCUUUCAGGCCGGUGCUGAAGAGGUGA